GACUCAAAAAGAAGGAUGAAGUUUGAAGAUCUUCUUACUGAGAUCAAUGGCUUUGGCAGAUUCCAGAAGAUGAUUGUUUGCAUCAGUUUUAUAGGACGAUUUACAAUUCCAUGUCACUUCCUGCUAACCAACUUUAUUGCUGCCCUCCCGUCUCAUCACUGUGACAUCAGUCACCUGGAUGCUAAAGGAAUCUUUUGCAAUCUAAGUUGGGAGGAGAGACUGACUGUCAGUAUUCCAGCACAGGAAGAUGGGACUCCUGCUUCCUGUCUCAUGUUCUCUUAUCCUCAGUUUCACCUGCUGUCAAACUCAUCCAGCACCGCAGAUCUUCCUGUAGUUCAGUGUCAGAAUGGAUGGGAGUAUGAUAACAGUACAUUCAGCAGCACUCUGGCCACAGAGUGGGAUCUGGUGUGUGAUAACAGAGGGCUGAAUAAAGCAGUUGCCACCAUCUUUUUUGUUGGAGUGAUGUUUGGAGCAGUAUUUUUUGGAGGUCUGAGUGACAGAUUUGGGCGUAAGCCGAUGUUGCUGGUGUCGUAUGUAUCAGGAAUGGCUUUUGCAGUGGCCAGCGCUUUUUCCUCCUCUUUCAUCAUGUUUGCAGUGCUAAGGUUCUUUACGGGAUUCACCAUAACUGGCAUCAUCAUCAUCUCAUCUGUACUCAAUGUGGAGUGGGUUGACAUUAAGCACAGAAGACUGGUCUGUGUUAUUGACAGUAUGGCGUGGGCUUGUGGAAGCACCUCUUUAUCUCUGAUUGCAUUCUGUGUGAGAGACUGGAGAUGGUUGACAGUGGCCGUCACUUCCCCUUUACUUCUGUGCACAAUCCUCUGGUGGUGGGUUCCAGAGUCAGCUCGAUGGCUGAUAGUCAAUGGGAAGAUAAAAAAAGCUCAUUAUUAUCUUCAUAGAUGUGCAGUUGUAAACUGUAAGGAGGAAGUAAUUUUAAACAUUCAACCUGAGGCUCUCUCUAUCAUCACUGUUACUGACACAGAAAAGAGGAAGCAUUCUUACCUAGAUCUCCUCAGAACUCCUAAAAUGAGGAGACUUGCUCUGUUCACAGGGACCAUAUGGUUUUGUGUUGCUACUGCCACCUAUGGAAUAAGCCUCAACAUUGCAGACUUUGGGCUAAACUUGUACCUGACUCAGUUCGUGUAUGGAGGCAUUGAGAUUCCAGUUAAACUGAGCAUCUAUUAUUUGCUUGAAAAGAUUGGCAGACGUAAAACAGAGACAGGAGGCCUGCUAUUGGGUGGAAUCUGCCUAAUGAUUAACAUAUUUGUACCCAGAGAUCAAUGGGUUGGUCGUACUGUUGUAGCUGUAUUGGGACAAGGUUUUUUAGUUGGUGCUUUUGCUACAAUUAUAUUAUACAGCUCUGAACUUUACCCCACUGUUCUCAGGCAAAAUGGGCUGGGCUAUAACUCCUUCCUGGGUCGUCUGGGUGUGGCUUUGGCUCCUGUGGUCUUGUUAUUGGACAGUAUUUGGAGGUAUCUCCCUCAGAUCACCCUCUGUUCUGUGGCACUUGUGGCUAGUUUGGUGGCUUGGCAGUUACCUGAGACACGAGGCAGGUGUCUACCUGAGACCAUAGAGGACAUUGAGGAUACUGAUUAAGUCGUAACCUACGGCAUUAGAACAUUUUGUACUCACCAGUUCAUACCAAUAAUUAAUAGAUGAAUGUGCAAGGGAAGAAUACAUUUUUAAACCUUAUUAACAUUUAACCAAAUGUUGGGCAAUGUUAGGCCCAGCUUUCUUAAGUUAUUAUUUUUGGGCUAACCAUAAUACACUGCCUUUCCGGGUAGGACACAGUCAGAAACAUCUUUCCUGCAAACAUACA